GCUCACAAUGCGUCGCGACGAGGGCGGUUCUCCAUCACGUUAGGGUGCGUUGGGCGGUGGCCGGGUAUAAAAGACUCCGCCCGAGCGGGCGGCCGCCAUUCUGGGGUUCGUUUAGAGGUUGAAUUUUCUCGGAGAAAGACAGGCCGGCCAUCAGGAAAACAAACAAGCCUCAGCAACAUCUAAACUCUUGAAAGGAUCCUGAGAGAGAGGGGGGAAAGGGAAAGCAGCAGCCACCAGCCCAACCACUUGUGUCGUCUGCCCCUCCCCACCUAUCUUGCCCACCCCACCAGCCCACGCUGCUUGGGACUUGAAAUCUGUGGCCGAAGGACCGUCACCACAUAACUUCAAAAAUAAUCAACCACCCUCCCUGCCCAAACCCACCCAAUCUCACUCAUCCAGCAUUUCCUUUUUUGGAAUCCACUCAGAAUUUUUUUCAACGACCCCCUCUCCCUAAAUGGAGUUGGGUGGGGGGAAAAUGAAAACUGAGUUGGUCUUUACUUUUUUAAGAGACUUUUUGAUCCAAUGAGGCCCCACAAGUAACUGAGUUUGGGUCCUGGUUGGUUGUUUUACUUUUUUUCCUCCAAAAUUUUACCCCUCCCCCCUGAGCCCGAGGUGCUGACGUCGCAAAAAAAUUGGAUAAAGCCACCAUCAUGGGUUCAGGUCCCAUAGACCCUAAAGAACUUCUCAAGGGCUUGGAUAGCUUCCUUACUCGGGACGGAGAAGUGAAGAGUGUGGAUGGAAUUUCCAAGAUCUUCAGUCUAAUGAAGGAGGCACGAAAGAUGGUGAGUCGGUGCACAUACUUGAACAUCAUCCUACAGACCCGGGCUCCAGACGUGCUCGUCAAGUUUAUUGAUGUCGGCGGCUACAAGCUUCUGAACAACUGGCUAACAUAUUCAAAGACAACCAACAACAUUCCUCUCCUACAGCAAAUUCUGCUGACUCUGCAGCACCUCCCACUUACCGUGGACCAUCUCAAGCAGAACAACACAGCAAAACUAGUGAAGCAGCUCAGCAAGUCAAGCGAGGAUGAAGAGCUCCGGAAAUUGGCAUCAGUUCUUGUCAGCGACUGGAUGGCUGUCAUUCGCUCCCAGAGCAGCACCCAGCCUGCAGAGAAAGAUAAGAAGAAAAGGAAGGAAGAGGGGAAAAGUCGAACUGCAGUUCCUGAGCGACCUUUGACUGAAGUGAAGGCUGAGACCCGGGCUGAGGAAGCCCCGGAAAAGAAGAAGGAGAAGCCCAAGUCACUUAGAACUACGGCACCCAGUCACGCCAAGUUCCGUUCUACUGGACUCGAGCUGGACACCCCAUCUUUGGUGCCUGUGAAGAAGAACUCCAACACCGUGGUUGUGUCAGACAAGUACAACCUGAAGCCCAUCCCCCUCAAGCGGCAGAGUGCCACAGCUGCUCCAGGCGAUGCUGCCCCACCUGCAGAGAAGAAGUACAAGCCCCUCAACACAACCCCCAAUACCACCAAAGAAAUCAAAGUGAAGAUCAUUCCCCCACAGCCUAUGGAGGGCCUGGGUUUUCUGGAUGCUCUCAAUUCAGCCCCUGUCCCAGGCAUCAAAAUUAAGAAGAAGAAGAAGGUUCUAUCGCCUACUGCUGCCAAGCCCAGCCCUUUUGAAGGGAAAACAAGCACUGAGCCGAGCACAGCCAAACCUUCCUCCCCAGAGCCUGCACCCCCUGCUGAGCCCAUGGACACAGACCGCCCUGGCACCCCAGUGCCCCCUAUUGAAGUUCCAGAGCUCAUGGAUGCAGCCUCUUCGGAACCAGGAGCUCUGGAUGCAAAGCCUGUGGAGAGCCCUGGAGAUCCCAACCAGCUGACUCGGAAGGGCAGAAAGAGGAAAACUGUGACGUGGCCUGAGGAGGGCAAGCUGAGAGAGUAUUUCUACUUUGAACUAGAUGAAACUGAGCGAGUGAAUGUGAACAAGAUCAAGGACUUUGGAGAGGCUGCUAAGCGCGAGAUACUGUCGGACCGACAUGCUUUUGAGACAGCUCGGCGACUAAGCCAUGACAAUAUGGAGGAGAAAGUACCCUGGGUGUGCCCCAGGCCUCUGGUUCUGCCCUCACCUCUUGUCAUCCCUGGAAGCAACAGCCAGGAGCGAUACAUCCAGGCUGAGCGGGAGAAGGGCAUUCUUCAGGAGCUCUUCCUGAACAAGGAGAGUCCUCAUGAGCCUGAUCCUGAGCCGUAUGAACCCAUUCCUCCCAAACUCAUCCCCUUGGAUGAGGAGUGUGCCAUGGAUGAGACUCCGUAUGUUGAGACCCUGGAGCCUGGAGGGUCUGGUGGCUCACCUGAUGGAGCAGGAGGCUCCAAGCUGCCUCCGGUUCUGGCCAAUCUCAUGGGAAGCAUGGGAGCUGGGAAGAGCCCCCAGGGCCCUGGAGGAGGCGGCAUCAAUGUUCAGGAGAUCCUUACGUCCAUAAUGGGUAGUCCCAACAGCCACCCUUCAGAGGAGCUGCUGAGACAGCCUGACUACUCAGACAAGCUCAAGCAGAUGCUGGUGCCACAUGGGCUCCUAGGUCCUGGUCCUGUAGCCAAUGGCUUCCCACCCGGAGGCCCUGGGGGCCCCAAGGGUAUGCAGCAUUUCCCCCCUGGUCCUGGAGGGCCCAUGCCAGGUCCCCAUGGAGGCCCUGGUGGACCAGUGGGUCCACGUCUCCUGGGUCCCCCACCACCUUCUAGGGGAGGUGAUUCAUUCUGGGAUGGCCCAGGUGACCCCAUGCGAGGUGGCCCAAUGCGUGGGGGUCCAGGACCUGGUCCUGGACCAUACCACAGAGGCCGGGGGGGUCGUGGAGGAAAUGAACCACCACCACCCCCUCCAUUCCGAGGAGCCAGAGGAGGUCGUUCUGGAGGAGGACCCCCAAAUGGCCGAGGGGGUCCUGGUGGAGGAGGCAUGGUUGGAGGUGGUGGGCACCGCCCCCAUGAAGGCCCUGGAGGAAGCAUGGGCAGUGGACAUCGAUCCCAUGAGGGACCUGGAGGGAGCAUGGGCAGUGGACAUCGAUCCCAUGAGGGACCUGGAGGGAGCAUGGGUGGAAGUGGUGGACAUCGUUCCCAUGAAGGCCCUGGACACGGAGGACCCCAUGGCCACCGGCCACAUGAUGUCCCUAGCCAUCGAGGCCAUGACCAUCGAGGACCACCACCUCAUGAACACCGUGGUCAUGAUGGCCAUGGGGGAGGCGGCCACCGAGGGCACGAUGGAGGUCACAGUCAUGGAGGAGACAUGUCAAACCGCCCCGUCUGCCGACACUUCAUGAUGAAGGGCAACUGCCGCUAUGAGAACAACUGUGCCUUCUACCACCCCGGGGUCAAUGGGCCCCCACUGCCCUAGGCCUGCCCGCCCUACUCGCACCCCUGUGGACUGCAGUCUUGCUCCUUCCACUCGGUUAUGGCUUCUGUGAGGCCCACUUUCCUUUUUCCCCAGCUGAUGAGGAGCCGGCCCCCUCAGUUCCCACCUGGCUGGGUUUCUGAGGGUUUCUGAUUCCUGGUGUGCAUUGAUGUACAUAAUUCCCCUCCAGUCUGGAGAGGAGAGAGACUGGACACACUCUAUAUGCUGGACUGCUGAGACGGCUGGCUUUACUCUGUGAGGAGAUUUGCCCUGUGCCCCAACCCCCUUCCAGUAUUAACCCGAUGCCUGAGAACCUAAAGCUGGUCACCUUGGAGACCUCUGCUCUCCACAUGCACACAGAACUGAGUUGGUCAGCUGCACUUAGGAAACUAUCCAAGCUAAACUCGUUAUCCUCACAAGGUGAGGGGGUGGUGAGGGGUACUAUAUAUCCCACUGCACUGAGGGCUCAAACUGACUGAAGUUGAGUUCUGAAACCACCCCCACUUGUGCCCCACAUGGGCCAGUCACUGUUGGGUCCUUUCUUAAGAAAGAAUGCAACUGUUACUUCCCAGGUUAUAGUGGGUCUGCUAGGUUCAGUGAUGGCACAUUCAUAUCUGUAUCCAGUGGAAGUUGUAUCUGGCAGAGGGGCAGCCUGUAGUGUUGGGCCACUCUUGCCUACAGCCAUUCUAGAGACUCCGUAAGACCAGCUUUCAUUAACUUGAGCCGGGUACACCGGGCCUGACGCACUACAUGCACUGCCUUUGGGAGUGGGCUUGCUCCUUAGCCCAUAAGGAGCCCUGCUAGUGAGGCUUCCUGGGUAGACUCAGCAGGAGAGGCCCUUCCCAGUCCUCUCCUCCCCCUGUCUUGGCAUCAGUUGUUUUCUAUGAAAACAGUGGGUUGUUUUUGUGCAAGGUCUUGGGUUAGAACCACAAUGGAUUUGAGGAGUUUUUCUUUUGAUUUUGUAUAUUUUGUACAUUAAUAAUAAACAGUGGAAAGAGAAGCAGCUCAUUUAA